ACACCGAUAGUGUGGUCGUGUAUGCUCUGCUUUUUGUGAAAUGGUCUCUUGUAUGUGUUUGUAAAAACUGUUGAAAGCCAAUAUUGAGUCGAUUAUUAUUGACACAAACCAAAACAGCGUUGUGUUUGUUGUAAAAUAUGCACAAUGCUUGGUUGGAGCGAAGAAGUAGACACCGGCCGUAAGACAAGUAACAAAGAUUAAUGGGCAUCGUGCAUAACGGAUUUAGCUGUCAGCGAUAAACGUGUGAUGGUGUUGGCUUGAGUCCAAAUCAUAGCAUCGUAACAACAUUUUAAGGGAAAACAAUUCUGCACAUUUAGUUUGAACAAUGACAGUGAUACUUGCACGUUUUUAUUGGUUGGCGAUUGGAUUUAUUUUAAUCAAGUUCGAAUUUCUCAGUGGUGAUAUAAAUGUUCAAACGAUAAAACGUCAAGAUGUGCGUUCAUUUAGUUCAAAAAAUAGCUCUGAUCCCAAUGCAUUUUUACAUGGCAAUAUUUAUGAGAAGAAAGAAGCGACAGUUGUGCAUUUGAAUCACAUUGCCACGACUUUGCUGGAACUAAAAAGUCAUCUAACGAAUCAGCAAGUGGAGUUUGUGAAACCGAUUAAGCAAAAAGUCGACUAUUUGAAAAACAUUUUGGAUGCAUUCCGUUUGUUUUACUCCGGAGCCACCAUUAAUAAAAAUGCCAAUGUCAUUGCAAGCAGCGUACGAAUCAACCAACAAAACACCGUGGCGAGAAUUCAAUUAAAUGCAGAGCGAAUUAAAGUCACGAUGGACAAAUUGAAAAUGACUAAUUUGAAUCUAAGAAGUCAAAUUGAUGUUGAACAUCAAAUUCAAAAGCGAUCCAUCACCGAAGCAACUCGAUGGAGUGGGAAUCUUUUACAAGUUAAUAAACUGUCUGUGUUGGGCCGGCGAGCCGGAACAGAUUACACAGUAAAACCAAUCAAUAAGCGAGACUCAGUGCACAGUUUACUCGGAAAAUUGCAGAUGAAUCGUCUAAUGGUCAGAAAACUGCUGAGAACGCAAAAUGAAACGUUCAAUGGAAUGCGCACAAAACGCUCGUUGCCAUCGUUGGAUCAUCCGAAAAUUAUUGCUCAAACGAUUAAUAACAUUGAUUGGAACGAAUUUUUAAGCACAGUGUUCAGAAAGGGAAUCAACACUGUCAUAUCUGGAAAUUUGUAUUUUUCCAAGGCAUUGAACGCCGUGUAUCUGUUGAUUGAUGAAACGGCAAACGGUUCCUUCAUUACGGACCUUAUGACACUUUCAACUGAUCAAAUAGUGGAAUCAAAUGUGUACAUCCCCGAAAUAAUGACGGACGGUGAUGUGAACGCUCGGAUUUUCAAUAAUAUGAAAUACUUUGCCAAUAAUGUCGCAUUAAUCGGACGCGAUAAUGCUAUAGAUUCUCGUAUCAAAGUGUUUGUAUGCAAUGUUAACUCUCAACUCAAACUGUCUGAUGAUGAAGGUGAAAGUAUGACUGAACACAUCGUUGGUACACAUAUGGAUGAUUUAACUCAAAUUUACAACGGAAGAGUUCGAAUCAAAGGGUCGGCGAACGUCAACAACAUUUACAUAUCACAAGAUCCCAGUCAAUUUGCAGAGAAUCCGAUCGGCGUCAGUCAGCUUCGUGUAAACGGCAUUCAAUUUGAUUUGUUGAACAUAAGCCAACAAUAUUGGAUGAAGACAGUCAAUCAGGAUAUCAAACAUGUGACUUUCAAUGAGCCGAUUGUAAGUUCACAAGCAACGGUCACGACUGUAAAUGGCACCAUGGUCAAUCAAUAUUUCUCCGUUUUGCAUGAUGCAGCCAGCCUUCCGAUUUUUGUCGACUUUGGAUCUCCAGUCACAAUCAAAGGAAAUUUGUUCAGCGAUCAAUUGUCAGCCCCGACCACUUUGCAAAAAUUGAGCAACGAUUCAGUUGUACGAUUGGGAGGUACACAGGUCACAAUGGAUUCGCCAAUCAUUUUCAAGGAACGGCUGUUGGUUAACCACAUAGACAUGCAAGUUGAGGACAGUAGCCUUGUGCGAAAAUCAUUGAAUACCAUGGAUGAUGGGCACGUUAUUCGAAAGGGAUUUAAACGUCUAACUAUUUCUGGCAAUAUAAUCAUGCCAAAUAACAUGUCGAUAGUUAUUCGAAAUUUCAACGAGUACAGUUCGCUUAAGACUGAUCUAGAGUCAAUAAUAACGACAUUAGAUAAAUCGUUAGCCCAACUCAUUUCUCAGUCACCGGUGAUUUUUGAGAACGUUUGCACCGCACAGACCGUGCAUGUGGAAAAUGCAAAUUUCAUCGAAACAGUCCAACGAAUCAAUCAAAACUAUGAUAUCAACGGAGUAUUACAGAAUGUAAGCCGUGUGCGUGAGCAUUGCAUUCAACCACUUUUGAUCGAUGGCCUCGUUAGAUUUGUUCAAAAUCCAGAGCUCAAAAACUCACAACACGUUUCCACAUUGAAUGGAUUGGAAUUCAGUAGGUAUAUGGAGACGGUUAUUUUGUCUCCAGUCGAUCACCAUGCACCGGAAACACUUCAAAAAUCAUUCGAAAUCAGUGGUGAGAAGUCUUUUAUCACUGAGUUGAAUAUAAAAUCCGCACACACGCUGGAAAUAAACAAACGGAUUCAAACGAAUAAAUGGUUAGAAGACGCCUUUCGUAAGCAACAAGCCGAAAUGCAUGCACAACAAACGAUCGAUUCACCUGGAUGGCAGUUCAAUGAUGUAACAUCGGAUAAUUUUGGCAUACAAAGUACAAUCAACGGUAUCCAAAUUGUAGCCGAUGGAAUUGAUCCAACGGCAAAGAAUAUUAUAUUUGUUGAUGACAACUCAUCGAAAACAUUAACGAUCGUGUCGGACAUAUCGAUUUCGAAUGAUGCACAGAUCGGCUCCAACAGUAAACUGGAAACGACUGAGCUACGGCCAUGCAAUGUGUUAACGUUAAUCCCGAAGACCGUACAUUUGAUGCAACGGUAUUGGAAUGAAGUGCAUGUGAUUGGAAAUGUAAAAGUCGUUGACAAACAAUUGAGUACAAAGCAAUGCACCACUCCGUUUUGUUACUUCCAAAUGGCAUUGUUAUCUGGAACGGAGGAAACCAUCAAUACAAACAUUGUAUUCAAUUUAAUCGACAGCCAUGGUAAAUUUUCAUUCAAUCAAAUCAUCAUGUGGUCUACGAACGAGACCACAUUAAUGAACAACAUCAAUUUGCUAGACAUUUUCAACGACGCGAUAACACGUACACCGGUCCUUCCAUCGAAUAUUGGAGAAGCAAAAACGUUCAUUGCACCAAAGGAGCUAAUUGGAAGCGAAAUCAUUUUCUAUGUAUCAGAUGCACUUUCAUCCAACGAGUUUACUGUGAAUUUAAUCAACGAUAUAAAUGUCAACUAUUUGAACCGCACAUUAUACCUACAAAGCACCACAAGAGAAAUGAUUGUUUACACUUGGCAAAAGAUCCUGUUUUUAGAUGCACCGAUAGUUCGAACCAUUACAUUGCGGAAUCAAUCAAUCAACGGUGUCGAUGUAUCAACGAUUUUAUUUGCACAUUCCAAUCAAAGUGCAUCGCUCGUAUUCCAAAAUCAAAUCAACGAACUCAACACAAAGUACACGGGUACAUUCAUUGGUAGUGGAACCGUUUACGUAUCUCUGGUGAAUGGUAUAUCAUUCGAGUAUUUCAUCGAUAAUCGAUGUAAGCUGUCGAACAAUCCAUAUGCAACAAAUAAGCCACAAACCAUCGAAGGAUACUACACUUUUGAGAAUUUGAUUUUAACCGGUGAGCACGUGGCAGUGGAGCAAAUCAACGAUGUCCCAUGUGAUGAGAUGGUGCUAAAGCAGUCAAAGGAAAAGCAAUCGAUUACCGGCGAUAAGCGGAUUGAGGGUGAUUAUUCCCAGCUGUUUAUCGAAAAACCAUUCCAUGUGUGGAAAACCAAUCGAUUCGAAUUUGUUGCGAUUUUCGCCAAAUCCAUUCUUCUGGAUCACAAACAAUCGAUCGAACGUCUUGAGCAGCAAAGUCCAUACCAAUUGAAUGCUCAAAGAGCAUACGUACGGUUAUGAUAAAUAGAAAUUUCAGUUAAAUACAGAUCGAAACAAAAUGUGAUUCCUAACGCCAUCUAUUAUCAUCGAACCGAAACGCAACCAGUUCAACUGUCAUACUCAUAUCAAAUUGUCAGUCGGAAAGAAAAAAUUGUUGUCAACAUUAUUCAUAUCAAUUGUUAUUUAAAAGCAAAUAAUGUAAUAAAGCAAAAAUGUUACUAAAUGAACAAGGUAAACGGAGAGCGUUUUAAAGAAAA